UCAAGAAACUUAUCAAAAUUAUCAAACCAAAAAUUUUCCAAAACAAAAACUAUAGAAAACCUUUGAAAAUUUUGUUCAAUUUUAUGAUUUUUCCAUGAAUUUUUGAUUUAUUUCUAAAUAAUGGGACCGAAAUUGAAAAUUGCCGAGCUUGUAAUUCAACGUUUAAAUGAGAGAAAAUCACCAUUCCUCGGAGAGCUGUACGGAAUUCUACACGAAAAUACUCUGAUCAUUGUUAGCUUCACUUUGAAAUAUGUCGAAGAGCAAGAAGAAGUGAAAUAUCGUAUCAGUGAAAAUAAUUUUCCUACCGAAAUUGACUUAUAUGGCGUUGUCAGCUGCACUCAACACAUUAAAAAAUUUACCGAUAAUUUACCUCUUGAUAUCAGUAAUGUUUUCAAGGAUGUUGUUGUCACCGAUAACCCUAUUCUUUUAAGCUAUGGUUAUUUGGAUAAAGAAAGCAAUGUACAAGCGUUUUUCAACAAAAAUGGUGUGAUUACUGCUACAUCUUAUGACAUCAUUCCCGAAUCCGAAAUUUGGCAACAAUUUGUUCUCGUUCGCUUGAACAUUCCAUUGAAUUUUAUUUGUCACAAUGUAUCUCAGGAUAAAGAAGAUUUGAUUGAUAACUUUUCAAAAAAAGUAUCUUCAGGAGCAGCCAUGUUUCAUGUUGAACAAUCAGAUAUAUAUCUUACGUCCAAUAACGCCGAAGACGUGAGUAAUGGGAAAGGAGUUACUAAUGUGCUGUGUAGUGAAUCUUCUUCGUCACCUCUACUUUUAUAUUUGAAAAAAAUAUGUAAAGAAAAGAACGAUACUCCUGUUAUCGUUAACGUUGAUGUAUUAAUGAAGACAACUUGUGGGAAACAUUUUGAAAGCAGUCCAAAAAGAGCUCUGGCUAUUCAACAUGUUACAAAAAUAUUCGAAGGCAUCCAAGGUUCAUUGAAUUUAGAUUCGUUAAUUAUGUUUCAAAAGAGUAAAACGGAAAAACAUCUAUAUAAUGCCUUAGUGGACAGCGUGUGCCGAAUUUUGAAAUUAGUUAAACAAAGUUUUUUCAUAUACGAAAACAUUCCUCCUGAAAUAUACCAUUUUUAUCCUUCGUAUUUAGGACAUUUUGUCACUCUGGUGUAUCCUUUGAACAUUUCUGAUGAUGAUUUGACUGAUUCUCGAAAAUAUGUUCAUAUUAAAUUCAAUUUGCUGUGCGAUAGACCCAUAUUCAGAAGAUCAGUUAAAUAUUCAUUCCAAGAAAAGAAAAACCCUGAAGAAAUUUUGAAUAAUGUUCACGUCGGGUUACCUCCUUCUGGAAUCAAUGGUACCAUUUCAAUGGUACAAGGUACAUACUCAUAUUUUCAUUACAUGCAUGGUAAUUUUAAUGACAAUGGAUGGGGUUGUGCAUAUCGUUCUCUUCAAACAUUGUUCUCGUGGUAUAAGCAUCAAGGUUGGACGGAUCACGAAAUACCCACUUUGAGAGAAAUUCAACAGAAGUUAGUUGAAAUAAAAGAUAAACCCAAAGCUUUCCUGGGUUCCCGAAAUUGGAUUGGGUCAUUCGAAGUGUCUUACGUACUCGACGUAAUGCUUUCAGUUACAUGCCGUAUGUUGAAUGUUGCUAUUGGUGAAUCGGUUGCUGACUAUGCUCACGAUUUGGCAAAUCACUUUAAAAAACAUGGCACGCCGGUUAUGAUCGGUGGAGGAGUUCUUGCUCACACCAUUUUGGGAAUCGAAAUCAACGACGAAACAGAUGAAGUUAAAUUUUUGGUACUGGAUCCACACUUUACCGGUCCAGAUCAAUUGAAUAUUAUUCAAAGUAAAGGAUGGAUUGGAUGGAAAAAUGCUGAUUUUUGGGGAAAAGACGCGUUCUACAACAUGUGUUUGCCAUAUAGAAAAAUGGGUGUUUAGUGUCGCGUUUACAUAGUUAUUUAAUAAGUGAUCGUUAUUGAUUUUUUUUGUUUGUUGAAAAUAAUUAAUUAAUAUUUUUGUACCUAUCAAUUUAACCCCGCUCCCUUCUGUACUUCUUCUGAUUCUAUUACUGAUUGUUCUAUUCUGAAGUUAUUUAAAAUAUAAAAACAAUAUACUUGUUCUAUUUGUAAUUUUCCUGCCUUUAAAAAUACCGCCAAUAAUAUAUGUCUAUUUUUUUAUUUAAUCGGAUCUCAGCUGCACUCUCCGCAUACAUAGCGAACGUGCGCUCGUAUAGGUUCAAUUUUCUGAUGUAUUUUUUAUUCUAAAAGAUUCGUUUGAAAUGAUUUAAUACCUAGCUAAAGUCUGCAUAAACUCGUUUUUUAUUUAA